AGCGCGGCUGGCCGACGGGCGCUCGGGCGGCACUGGCCGGGAAAGAGGAGUUGCAUGUGUCGCUUCAGCUGGCGAGAGCGGCCGGAGUGGAGGCGGCGGGAGCUGUGCGACCGCUUGGGUUUGUGAGAUGGCUACUGACCUUUCUGAGUCCAGUGGGCCUGAUAGUAAAGGAGACCCGAAGAGCAAUGCCAAGUUAGAUACAGAUUACCCACUUCGAGUCCUUUAUUGUGGAGUCUGUUCAUUACCAACAGAGUAUUGUGAAUAUAUGCCUGACGUUGCUAAAUGUAGACAAUGGUUAGAGAAAAAUUUUCCCAAGGAAUUCGCAAAACUUACCGUAGAAAAUUCACCUAAACAAGAAGCUGGAAUUAGCGAGGGUCAAGGAACGGUAGGAGAAGAGGAGGAGAAGAAAAAGCAAAAAAGAGGUGGAAGGGGUCAAAUAAAACAGAAAAAGAAGACUGUACCACAGAAGGUGACGAUAGCCAAAAUUCCGAGAGCGAAGAAGAAAUAUGUAACAAGAGUGUGUGGCCUUGCAACUUUUGAAAUUGAUCUGAAAGAAGCACAAAGGUUUUUUGCUCAAAAAUUCUCCUGUGGUGCCUCAGUAACAGGGGAGGACGAGAUCAUCAUUCAGGGAGACUUUACAGAUGACAUAAUCGAUGUCAUUCAGGAGAAGUGGCCAGAGGUGGAUGAUGACAGCAUCGAAGAUCUUGGAGAAGUAAAGAAGUGAUUUGGAAAAUGUGUCUGUAUUUAAUGAUCUGAACUGAGUUGAUAUGGCCAAAGAGAGGGAGGCCUUUUAACAAAUAUGUGUAUUUAUCCUACAGUAAAAACUGUAGACUACCCUUGUCCUUGGCAUUUUCACUGUUCUGUACAAGGCCGCUUGUUGUUUUUUUUUUUUUUUUCCCAAUUGCCAAAGU